AUGGGACCUAAGAAAAUGUCUUUGGGCGAAUUCUACGCCGAUGAAAGUCUAGGAGGAUCCUGGGCCGAUGAUGACAUAGAUAUCAAUUCGAUCGCCGUAUCACUCCACAAACCAGAGCCGUCCAAUUAUUUCAAUCGAAGUGACCAAGGCUCCUUCGGUCGUGGCAAUGGCUAUGGUUCGUAUUCAUCGGGUAUGGGUGGAGACCAUAUGUUCAAUGGCCGUGGAGGGAGGAAUGAUGCGAUGCUUCGCAACUUAAAACCUCCGUUUAUUGCAAAACUUACUAAUCUACCCGAAAGAGCUACUGGUAGGCUUGUAUCGGAUUUAUUUGGAUCCAGAUUCACUCAAUUUGAAAAAUGCAAGGUGCUGAAGGACCCCAACCCUCCUGCCCCACGAUUUAAUAUCUCUUCAUCUGGCAAAGUGGAACGCAAAUGUGCGUAUGUGCAGUUGCCCAGUGUACGCGAGUUACAAAAAGUGCUCAAGUGGAACGAUGUCUUUAUUGACAGACUCAGAAUCAAUGUGGAUGUGGCUGAUUUCCAGGACUUUGUGGAUGUGCAAAAAUACAAUAAAGAAAUUGGCUACGACGACGAGGAAGAGGAGAAGAAACAGGCACAUACUGAAAAUGCUCCAGUGGAGAAACGCAAGAUAGCUACGCGUCCAGUGAAUGGUCAAGAGGUGGCUCCCGUUAGGUCACCUUCCCCCGUCUCGUCAGCAGGCCAAUCAAAACCCAAGCCCAAUCCUUUUGGAAAUGCAAAACCUGUUGACACAGCCAGCAAGCUUCUGGCACUUGAAAACCAAGAGAAGACACUUGCUGCAGUCAAACCAGUCUCACAGCCAAAAUCAAAUCCAUUUGGUGCUGCCAAACCCGUUGACGUUCUUUCAAAGCAAUUAGAAAUUGAGAAGAAAUUACAGGAUCUAGCCAUCAACAGCACGACGUUCAAGACGAUAGCUGGUGCUGAGAAGGAGCAAGAAAAAGAGAGAUCUUUGUCUCCUAAGAAGAAGCACCAGCCACGAUCACAAGAAAGCAGAACUGCUAAGAUAACAACCGGCAAAGGCUCCAGACCGGACAGCAGGGCCCGUGAAAAGAGACAGUCCCGAAAGGAAGAGAGAAAAGAACGCGUUUCAAAAGAAAUCGCAACUACUGAGAGAGAGGACAGGAAAGCAGGAGAGUCACCUUCGACACCGCAGGACCAGGAGUCCAAGAAUGACGGAAUUGUACCAGCAGAAGACCAGAAUCAUAGCGAAGGUGGAUUACAAACGCCCCCUGAGGACGAAAAAGCGGAUAAAACCGAAAAUGAAGACCCUGUGAAAAUUAGACCAAGGUCCAGAAAAGAGCCCAAGCCAAAGGAUACGAAAAGAAACAAAGACGAAGCAAAGUCUGCAGAGACCGUGGAUGAGCAGAGAGAAUCAUCGAAAGACAGCUCGGAAAGCAGUUCUUCCGAAUCAAAAGAGAAAUCCAAUACACGUCGCGAAAGAAGGCCAAAAGAUGCUUCCCAUAGGAAUCCCCAUAACACGCGGUACGUGCGCGAUGGCGAGCCGCCUAUCCGUGGUAGAGGCAGGAGCAGAGGCCGUGGCGGCCGUGCCGUGAAUUUCCGGCCAAAAGAGGGAAUUACGCCAGCAGAAAAUUGGGAAAGAGGAGACAAGCUUAAGGAGCAGAGCACCGAGGAGAACGCCGAUUCUAAGGAAAAACCUGUGAAUCAGACGGAAAAUGAAACCAAGAAACCUGUUGGGGAUGACUCGCAACCGGAGACCGAGAGAUUAUCCAGACCAUUCCGCAGAGGACGUCUUGGUGGCAGAGGACGCGGACGUUUUGCAACGCACCAGUACACCAGUUUAAAGUAUGUCAAACCAGGACUUGCACGCAACGGGGAGCCGUUGAAGCAUAACGAGAAGGAGACCUAG